GAACUAGCUUGUCAUCGCGUUCGGUUAUACGCUUCACUUCUCUUUAAUUUCGAAUGCAUCGGCGCUGUUUACAGCAUCUUUAUAUUUCUAAAUCCACGCGGCGGUUUACAGACACCCCCCUCCUCCCUCCAGUCGCCAUUCCCUAUAAUCUGAACACAUCUGAAAAGUUAUUACCCCGGCCCCUUUCUUAUAGUGGGCUGCUCCCACAAUCUAUUCGUCAGUGUGUUGUUAUAUUUUUACAAUUACACUCUUGUAGUAUUUAAGUCCCACCUACAUCGUUUGCAAAGCGCGCGAACGACUAUCCUACCCCGCUCUAUGUGAUGUCCCUUAAGUUUCUCUCUGUUCUGGAGGAAUGUGGCAGCGCACGCGGCGGUUGAACCCGCAUGCCCCGGCUCGGAACCUGUCUAUCCUGUUCAUGCAACCCGAACGUGUGUCUGACAAGGAGUUGAGAGACUGUGUUUGAAACACCACCAGUGUCCACUACGAAACCUUAUAUGCGAGGUUCCUCUCCCCCUCUUUUUGUAUAUAUAGCAUGUCCGCCCCCCUUGAAUCUCCUGUCCAUUGGCUUUUCGUGCACUAUUUUCCUGCGUCCACCCCCAGCGCGCGCGCGCGCACACACACACACGCCGCAGCGCACAUUGCUUUCAUUAAACAUAUCUCCCACUCUCUCUCUCUUUCUGUGUGUGCGUGUCUCUCGCUCUCGCUCUCUCGCCUCUUGUCCGGCCCCCUGAUCUUUCUGUCCAUUGGCUUCCUCGGGUCUAUUUUUCAUGUCCAGCCCCUAAUGAGUGUCCAUUGGUUUUGUUAUUUCCACUCCCUCCUCCCACUCCACGGCUUUGCCCUGCCCAUGUUCUGUAUGUCUGUGUCCAUCCAUCUCCUGACGUUCAAGUUCGCAGGGACGUCACGUCCGCACUUGAACUUGCAGCUCAGGGGGGCUUUUGCCAUUUUUUCAUCUCUCUCUCUCUUUUCAAAAAAGCCAUGACGGCUAUCCCACAAUCCAUCUUCCCCUCGCCAUCUUUGUAUUAUUUCUAAUUUAUUUUGGAUGUCAAAGGCAUUGAUGAAGAUAUUUUCUCUGGAGUCUCCCUUCUAACCCGGCUCUCCCGAUGUGAACCGAGCUGAAAGCCGCCACCAACCACCAUGUCUCGCCGCAAGCAAGGCAAACCCCAGCACUUAAGCAAACGGGAUUUUUCGCCCGAGCCCCUGUCUGCCGUGGUCUCGGAGGAGAGGCAGGAACAGCGCGGGCUGGUACAGGUAGCUCCAGAGGGAGACCAGGACCUGCUCACCUGUGGCCAGUGUCAGAUGAACUUCCCUUUGGGAGAAAUCCUUAUUUUCAUUGAGCACAAGAGGAAGCAGUGCAAUGGCACUUUUUGCAUGGACAAAGCAGUGGAUAAGCCCCCAUCGCCCUUGCACGGUGACCUGAGGAGAGCCUCCAACCCUGUGGAGGUGGGCGUCCAGGUCACGCCGGAGGACGAUGACUGCUUAUCAACGUCUUCUCGAGGAAUCUGUCCGAAACAGGAAAACAUUACAGGUAAAGAUGAGCCUAGCAUCUACACUUGCACAACCUGUAAGCAGCCGUUCAGCAGUGCCUGGUUUCUGCUGCAACAUGCCCAGAACUCUCAUGGCUUCCGCAUCUACCUUGAGAGUGAGCACGGAAGUCCGCUCACACCCCGUGUGGGAGCUCCUUCAGGAAUGGGUGCAGAUUGCUCCUCUCAGCCCCCCUUGCAUGGCAUCCAUCUCCCAGAGGGAAGCCCAUUUAACCUUCUGCGAAUACCCAACUCUGGACGCGAUGGACCUCCUCUCCGAGAGGGUCGGUUUCCCCCUACGCCACCUCUCUUCAGCUCUCCACCCCGCCAUCACUUGGACCCUCAUCGCAUGGAUCACCUGAACCCGGAGGAGCUGGCUUUGGCCACCCACCACCCGAGUGCCUUCGACAGGGUGCUGCGCCUGAACCCCAUACCAAUGGAUCCCCCAGCUAUGGACUUCUCUCGUAGGUUGAGGGAACUGGCUGGUAACACCUCAGGGUCAACUCCUCCUCUCUCACCCAACAGGCCCAGCCCUAUGCAAAGGCUAUUACAACCAUUCCAGUCAGGAACUAACCCAACCUUUCUAUCCACCCCUCCUCUACCUUCCAUGCAGUCCCCCUCUGGCUCCCAGUCCACCCCGACCCCUCUUACACAACAGCCCAACACGCCCAUGAAAAGCAAGUCUUGCGAGUUCUGUGGGAAGACCUUCAAGUUCCAGAGUAAUUUAAUCGUGCAUCGACGCAGUCACACGGGUGAGAAACCCUACAAGUGCCACCUGUGCGACCAUGCCUGUACGCAAGCCAGCAAGCUAAAGCGGCACAUGAAGACACACAUGAACAAGUCAUCGCCCAUGACGGUCAAGUCUGAUGAUGGCUUGUCCACAGCCAGCUCCCCUGAGCCUGGAACCAGCGAUUUGGUGGGUAGUGCCAGUAAUGCCCUCAAGUCUGUGGUAGCCAAAUUCAAAAGUGAAAACGACCGUCUGAUUUCAGAGAAUGGAGAGGAAGAAGAAGAGGAGGAAGAGGAGGAGGAAGAAGAGGAGGAAGAGGAAGAGGAAGAGGAGGAAGUUGAGGAGGAAGAACCGGAGAGAGAUAGAGGUAGAAACAACUUCCACUUCAGCCUCAACCUGAAGGCUGCACGGCACCACGAGAACAACGGCGGACGUCUGGGUGGGGGCGAGGAUGGGAUCCCACGCUCAUUGCCUGAGGUUAUGCAGGGCAUGGGCUUGGCUGCCAGCAUGCAGCACUACAGUGAGGUGUUUCAUCAACACAAGCGAGGAGCCCUAAACUCUGACAAUGAUGCACAUAGGGACAUGUGUGAUGAGGACUCAGCUCUGGAAUCAGACAGAGUGGACGAGGGCUGUGGCUCAGCUAUCAAUGGUCGAGGCUCAUCCCCCAAUGAGUCUGCCUCUGUUGGUUUGUCCAAGAAGCUCCUACUGGGAAGUCCCAGCUCACUUAGUCCUUUCUCCAAACGAAUCAAGCUAGAGAAGGACUUUGACAUCUCCACCCCAACAAUCCCCAACACUGAGAAUGUCUAUUCCCAGUGGUUGGCUGGCUAUGCUGCCUCUCGGCAGCUGAAGGACCCCUUUUUGAAUUUUGGGGAUUCCAGACAAUCGCCUUUCGCCUCGUCUUCAGAGCACUCCUCAGAGAAUGGAAGCCUGCGCUUCUCUACACCACCAGGGGACUUGGAUGGUGGUGUCUCGGGCCGCAGCGGGACUGGUAGUGGUGGCAGCACACCACACCUUGGGGGUCCUGGUCGGCCCAGCUCAAAAGAUGGCAGACGCAGUGACACCUGUGAGUACUGCGGCAAAGUAUUCAAAAACUGCAGCAAUUUGACAGUGCACCGGCGCAGCCACACGGGUGAGAGGCCUUAUAAGUGUGAGCUCUGCAAUUAUGCCUGCGCUCAGAGCAGCAAGUUAACACGGCACAUGAAAACACACGGGCAAGUGGGCAAGGACGUUUACAAAUGUGAAAUCUGUCACAUGCCUUUUAGUGUGUAUAGCACCCUUGAGAAACACAUGAAAAAAUGGCACAGUGACCGCGCAUUGAGUAAUGAAAUUAAAACUGAGUAGCGGUGGAGUUUGGUGGCUCACUUGCCCCAUUAACAGCAAAUAACACCCCACUACCACCCUCAUCCUUGUAGAUUUUCCUGUUUCGCUAGUCCAGUGGUGGCUAAGACAACGUGCUUGGCACCACCAGCACACCCUUUUCAUUAACCGUUGAAUGCAUGAUCUGUAUCGGGGCAAUACUAUUGCAUUGACGCAAACUUGGAGCCUUUCUCUUGUGCAAUAAUUUACAUGUUGUGUACUUUUUCUUUGCCAUUUUGGAAAAUUUGACAGCAUGCAUGAUAUAUUUUGGCUAAUUCUAAAAAUAAAUGGUCCCUGGUUGG